GACUUCCUAUUCAACAUGGCGCCUUUUUAAAGCGUCUUUACAUUUGUAUUUUUUAGAAUAUAUUUUUUAAUUGGCGGUGCGACCAUGUCGGAGGUUGACCCUCCCUCUUUCACAACAUUAACAACGCCAUCACCACAGUUAAAUACCGGAACAUCUGCCCAUGUAACCAAUACAAAAUAUCUUCCAGCCGUAGAGUCCCAGAACGACGAAAGGAAGAUUCUGGAAGAUCUGAGCAAGGUCCGGAAGGAGAAGCUUCGGGAAGACCCUAGCCGAGUCAAAGAGAAGCUUCAGGAAGACCCUAGCCGAGUCAAAGAGAAGCUUCAGGAAGACCCUAGCCGAGUCAAAGAGAAGCUUCAGGAAGACCCUAGCCGAGUCAAAGAGAAGCUUCAGGAAGACCCUAGCCGAGUCAAAGAGAAGCUUCAGGAAGACCCUAGCCGAGUCAAAGAGGAAGAUUUUAGCCGAGUUAAGGAGAAGGUUCUUACAGAGGAGGAAUUGUGUCGUCAGGUGGGGCUGUCACUAGCCUCAAGGGUGCCUCUAAAACAAAACACCCCGACCCCCGAGAGGAGAUUGAAAUAUCUAAACACCCCGAAAAAUGAGGACCUUGUAUUCUUGUUUACGGAUACCGCUCCUUCAAGCGUAACAUCAGAGGAGGAAGAAGAAGGCGAGGAGGUGACCCUCAUAGAAUCAGGAAACCCAAAUUCUUUUGCCUCAGAUCUCAGUUUAAGCCAGAACUCAUUGUUUGAUUCACAUAGACCACAAGAAAAUAACCUAGAAGUAGUCGCGCCACAGGACGGAACUUCAGUUUUAGAAAUACAAAGUGAAAAGGAAUCAAAUCCUUUAAGCGGAUCUACUUAUAAAUGUACAUCACCCACUCCACAGUAUACAAGUACUAAUCUCGGAUUUCAAAUCGCAAAUGAAUCGCAGCCUGCUCAGGAGCAGGAUUAUUCAAGCAUAUCACAAAGUAGGAUAAUUUUUAAGAAAGUAAAACCAGAGGAGGCUUCACACAUUUUAAACAGACCGACCAGACUAAAUAUAGCACCAGUUACAUCAGAAAAAAACACACUUGAUGAAUCACAGACUGUAGAUAAGUCAUAUUCAUUAGCUGCACCGACCAGUUCAAAAGCAUCGUCUGUUUCAGAAGAAAAAGCCUUAUUUCCUGAAUCGCUAGUUCCUGAUACAUCCAAUCCUUCAGCCUCACCGACCGGUCUAAAACCAACUUCAAAAAAUAAAACUAGAUUUCCCGAGUCAGACACAACCGAUCCUUUAGAGAACUGUUCCACUUCGAAUGAAAAUUCUGUUUCUCAGGAGAAAAAUAAAUUCCUAACGACAUCUUCUGUAGAUGUAGUUAAAUCUAUGAUCAAGAAAUCAUUCACUCAAGACACAAGUGUAUUACAAGAUAAAUCACAGUUAGAAGACGUUAUAACGGAUGAUACAACAUUUCAACCAGCUGUUCCGAUCGUACCAAGCACUGAAUCAAGAUCACGUGACUCGUCUGGUGUAUAUAAAAAACAAACCCCGGGAAAAUUGAAUCACUCAAUCGAACCUAAGAAUAAAAAACCCACCCAAGCCUCGAAUUCUGCAGUAAUCAAACAUACAGGAGCAUCAAGUUCGCUAAAGUUUAACGCGAAAAAACUCCUUACCCAGCAAAUCCUAUCAGAUACCCCGGAAGUAAAUUCUUAUGAAUCAGUAGCCCCAUUUACGCCAACGACUUCUCCUAAACUUUCGUUCAUAUCACAAGAAAAAGACACAUUUCUUGAAAUUCAUGUUGAAAAAGAAUCGCCUCCAACAUUUGAAUAUACUAAUAGGACCAUCCCGUCAUUAAUCGCCAUGCCUGGAAUAGAAGAAAUAAAAAUUCGGAAAGAAUCGAACGCGAUUCGUCGACAUACUUUACCCGAAAUACCCACAACCUCCGCCGGUGAACAAAAAACCUUCGGGAUUGAAAUCCCGCAGAAGCCGCUUCAGCCGAGCAAACAACACUCGCAGACAAUAUCAACAAAAUCCCUGGGAAAGUUGGCUGUGCUGGAUAUUAAACCGAGUACGGUCCCUACUCCCAAGGAUUCACCAUCUUCACGUGAAAGCUGCGAGGUUGGUAAGACACGUAUCUUGGAAGCACGAAACACCCUUCGUAAGGAGACCGUGCCUGUAAAAAAGAUAACACCAAGGAGUUUUCAGGGCAAAGCUGAAAUAAAAAUUCCCCAAGUUUCACUCGCUCCGCAGAGACCGAAAAUUUCAGCGAUAACGGCUAAACAACAGGAAAAACCGGGUGUUCUCAAGAUUCAAAUCUCAGAGGCGUCAAAACUACCUGACAGUCCGGAAUUUACUAUAGCACAUCCUGGUGAGAAUAAUGCGAAAUCACCUACCUUGUAUGAAUCAAAGUUAAACGACACUGCGUCGUUAACAAAAAGCUAUCACAUGCCACAAAGCAGUGAUACAUUCUCGGGAGAAAAAAGUAUACAUGAACCAAAUUCAAAAACUACUGAUAACCUAUCAAAACAGGCUGUAGAAGCAAUACUUGAUAUUAGUGAUGAAUCCAGCUUUGUUGAAGAUAUUGGAGCAUAUUCAAAUCGCGCAUCAAUACAAGAAUACCUCACCGCUAUUUUAGACAAACGAAUUCUAGAAUAUGUAACCCAAAAUACUGUAAAUAAAUUUCCAAAUCAGGCAGAUGAAUUCAUUGGUUCUAGCAAUGAUUCAUUGUCUGAUGCCGCGACAUCUCUACAGGACAUCCAAUCAAAGGGCGAAGAAGAUCCCUCAAAGAAGCCAAAUGAUCCAGCCAUUGAAACAGUACCACAAGACAAGCCAGAUGUCCUGAGUUUUCAAAUCGCUGAAGUUUUCAAGCGAGCAGGUAGCCCAAGUUUAACAAUUCCACAUCCAACUUCAAAACCUCAGGGCCGAAAUGAUUUUGAAAAAUCAAAGAGUCCAAAAUCAACUGAGAAAGGGGCAAAUUCAUUGAGUCCAAAGCUCAAUGAUAAUGAGGAAAAUUCAAAGAGUUCAAAGUUCACUGCUAAUAUAACAACUUCAAAGAGUCCCUAUCCUUCACAAAUUAGUGAGACGUUUUCGGAACAACAAAAUGUUAAAACGUCCAAUGCUCAUAAUACUGAGACGUCUCCAAAGAACAAAGAAAAGACAAUGCCCUCUAGUAGUAAUUCGUCUAAAGUAAAUGAUGCCGAUGCUUUCUCAACAUCCCUAUCUUACAAACAAAAACAUACAGCUAUAUCGGAUGAACAAAGUCUAAACAAAUCAACUCUAAAGCCUAUUCCUACCAAUCAAAAUCCCGAGGUAGAAAAGGCAAGUAAUUCUUCAUUGCCAAAAAAUCCAUUGGUAAUCCUAUCAGCUAAUGAUGAAUAUAUCAUCAAGGAUACACUCCAUGUCGGAAAUGACAACUAUUUCAUAUCCCGUCACAAAAAAUUUGAAGCCGACGAACCACAUGUGAAUGACUUGAAUAUUGCUCCGAAGUUAUCACGUCAUCCCUCCGUCGAUACCAUCCCCGAAGCAGAAGAUGAAUCAGCGCUGAGAAAAAGUAGCAUAGCCUCACCAAAUCCCGCUUCUGAAGAUACAUUUCAACAAAUUGAGAACUUAAAGGACGAGAUAACCAGCCUCCUUUUACAUCGAAACAGCGGGACUACAGGUCCAGAUAGUAGGUUGAUUACUCCCAGGAGUUCGAUACAAAAAGAAGAUACUACUUUAAUGGGAAUUUACAGCUUCUUGAAGGAGGCGGUGGACGAGGAUAACGAACCUGGUUCGUCGUUCUCGGGAAAUCAAACUGUUCUAGACAAUGAUGGAGUACCUUCUGUGAGUUUUAGUAACAACACGAGUUUGGAAGAGGAUCCCAACGUCAACGUGGCUCCGCCGACUUCUGCCAGGAUGCCAGGGGAUGAGAGAAGGCCCCCUACACGGUGGAGCACUGUGUUUUACGUGUGGAACGUGGUGAGACAUCUGGUGUCCUACAUAGUCCGCAGCUUGCUGAGUUUGAUACUCCUGGUGACGAACUUGGUUGUCGGGUUUUUCAUCAUGUUGGCGGACUCGGUGGUACACGUUCCAG